GGCUAACUGCGCAUGUUCACAUCGUACUUUGUCCACGUGACGUGUCACCUGACGAAUACAACAAGGGAGGAAGUGCAGCCGCUCUCACGUUCGAGUCAUUCGGAAAAAAAAUAAGCAAUGCAGUGUUUAUGUAAAAUAGAAUCCAGUUUAAUGAAGUUGUGGCUCGUCUGUUUGUCUCUUUUCAUAAACCAUGGCUUUGCAGGGAAAAUGAAAAUAGUCGAGGAGCCAAACACAUUUGGGUUGAACAAUCAUUUUCUGUCUCAGGGAAGCAGACUACAGCCCAAAGUGACCCCAUCUUCAGUGUCUGGCCCAGUGCAUCUUCAUCAGCUUGCUGGAAAGUGUUUCAGUCUCACAGAAUCCACGUAUAAAUAUGAAUUCUGUCCAUUUCACAACAUCACCCAGCAUGAGCAGUCGUUCAGGUGGAAUGCCUACAGUGGGAUCCUGGGGAUCUGGCAGGAGUGGGAAAUAGAAAACAACACUUUCACAGGGAUGUGGAUGAGAGACGGGGAUACUUGUGGAACCAGAAAAAGAGAAACAAAGGCGAUUUUGGUCUGCGGCGUGAGCAGCAAGCUUGUUCAAGUGUCAGAGCCCAGCACUUGUGUUUACUCGCUGACCUUUGAGACGCCACUUGUUUGCCACCCGCAUUCUCUUUUAGUGUACCCAACACUGACUGAGAAACUGCAAGGGGUAUGGGAUGAAGCGGAGCAGGCACGUUAUGAAGCUCUUGUUACGGAACAGGGUUACAGCAAUCUCUUGCGGGACAUUUUUGAAGACGCCGGUCUCCUGAAGAGCCAAAAAGUGAAGGUCAAACUACCAGAAGAUGUAGACGAUGCAGUGAAGCAGGUCUCCGUACAAAAAUGCACUGAGGACCUCCAAAAGCAGAGGGAAGAGGUUGAGAGACUGCGUGCGCUCCUCACUCAACACAAUAUUCCGUAUACUCCGUAUUUUGAGUCAAAACAGAAUGAAGCAAAAGUUGAUGCAGUGGUUGUGAAAGAUGAGAAUCAACACCUGCGAGGAGACACGGGACUUCUUGACCCGCAGUGAAAGUCACCUGAAAUCGAGCCAAGCAACGGAGACUGGCAACACCGGACCGGACACUGUUCCCGUCACUGGUGACAACACUAAAUGUGCAUUGAAGAACUGACCGUGUGGAAAAAUGAACUUGGAUUUUGAACUAAUUUUAGAGAAGUUAGCUGGUGCUCUCUCUCUCUCUCUCACACUAUUAGCAUAGCAACAGUGGGUACAUCAGCUACAUCUACUGUUUUUCCAUGUGCAAACCAACAGGCAAAAGCAGUGGAGGAUAGUUUCUUUAUAUGUACGGAUUCAUACAGAGACAGAAACAUAUUUAAAAAAGGUCAGUCGUGCUGUAUUUUCAUGCAAAUAUAAAUCUGUAAUUGACAUAUUUAACAUAAAUGUGGAUUUGUCUCUUUGUGUUUAUACCUCGCCUGGGUAAGAACAGUUAUUCUCAGUGUUUUCACUCACGCUGGAGCCUCAACAAGCUCAAACAUGACUCGAGUACAAACAUUCCUAAGACUUUUUUUCCUCUCCAAAGGUUUCUCUUUUUCUUUUUCUUUGGUCUGGAUGUUUAUGUCUCUCGUCGCCAUGAACGUUGACUUAAUUCUUAACAUUUUGGGCUAAUAGUCAUCUUCUGUCCCUACUGUCCCUAAACUACUAUUCGAUGGGGAUCAUUUAAAGAAAAACAAAAACUACAUGAAGCAACAGUUUGUCAAAAGAUGAGAUCUGGUUAAAUGUUUAGUCCACAGAUGAUCAGAGUUUGGUCUCUCUGUUUAUUAUGUGAUGCCCUCCUGUUGUACUUGAUGGUCAGGACAGCAGCUGGAUAACUUCUCUGGCUCUGUGCGCCCUCUGCUGGACGACUGCAUCAUCUGGUGUGUGUCCUGACUCCUCAACCAGAGCCAAGGCCUUCUGCACUGAAGUGUCCUUCGCCGUGCCACGAAGACCCUCCAGGUACUGAAGCAGCACGGAGAAAUUAUCGUCUGAAAUCUGAAAAGUAUUUCGAUUAAAUUCAGCCAUCAAGUAAGUAUUUUUUUUAAGAGAGUAAAAUGUAACCUAAGUUAAAAAGUAUGAACUGAUGGAGUUUAAUUUUACCUUCUGAGAGUCGAACAUGUGCUGCAGUAACCACGUCUGCCUGGUCUUCUGGAACUUCCACGCGGUACGGUUCUCAGCCCAGCUAGAAAACACAGAAACAAGUGUGGGUCGUUGGUAUAAUUCAGAAGUUUAUUGUGGUGAAAAACAAAGAUGUGUGUAUCAGUGUUGUAGUCAAAGCACUAGUCGACGACAUGAGGUUUCAAUAAAAACAAGAAAGAACGUCUUCCCACAAUGCAACGCGGGCAUUUUUUAACAAACCCUGGUCUAUUAAAGUCUGUAACACUGGCUCUCUGUAAUAAAUGUACCUGAGUUAUCUCA